UAUCAGUUUUGUGAUUGUGUGGUUCCGAACCGAAAAUUAAAAUACAUGUUUUUGUGAAUAAUUAACAGUAAAUAUGAUUUUGAAAAUGGAGCUGUAUUAAAUAUGUAACUAACUUUGUUUAAAAUUAAAUCCAAAGAUGUUCGGUUAUAGCAAAGAAGCAGUGAGAGUGAAAGUCAAGAAAUGUGAAGGAAAGCUGCAACCAGAGUUGAGAAAAUUCUCUGUUGAUCCACAAAUAACGUCUCUGGAAGUUUUGCAAAGCAUUUUAAUUAAAGCAUUUGACAUCAAAUCUGACUUUACACUCUCAUACCGAAGUGUGGAUGACUAUGGCCAAGAAAUUUACUUACCACUGCUAUCAGAUUGGGACUUAGAUGCAGCUUUUCUUAAGGCACAUAACAUAGCACUUAAUCAGAAAUCAGAACCAUGUGUACAGCUAAAAGUGGACAUGAAACCCUUUGCGGAAGCAUCUGAGGAUUGGGAGCCUCCAAAUGUAAAUCCAACUACUCAAAUGACGAGUCAGAGCAAGGAACAGCCAACUGUGGCACCGUCCCCACAUCAGAACGAAAAACAAGAUACUCCCACUGGAUUCCAAGGGCUAUUCAUGAAUCAUGUUGAGAAAACAUUCAACAUGGUAUCACGGGCUCUCAACCUGUAUGAAGAUCCCAACACUCCCCCGAGACCACCGCUUAGUGAUAUUGAAUUCAGAGCUUUUCUAGAUGCGGUAGGACAAAUCAAUAACCCCACGAAGCUGAGAGAAGUCAUAUACUGUGGUGGAAUUGAUCCAAGUCUAAGGAAAGUGGUUUGGAAGCAUAUACUCAAUGUUUAUCCAGAUGGUAUGACGGGGAAAGAAAGAAUGGACUACAUAAAAAGAAAAGCUAAUGAAUAUUAUGCUCUGCGAACUAGAUGGAAAGAUUGUAUUCAACAGGGAAUGGUCAAUCCUGACUUAGCUUAUGUAACAGGGAUGGUUCGAAAAGAUGUGCUGCGAACUGAUAGGCAUCACAAUUUCUAUGCUGGCAGUGAUGACAAUCAGAACAUAGCAUCUCUCUUCAACAUACUGACAACGUAUGCUCUGAACCACCCGACCGUAAGCUACUGCCAAGGCAUGUCGGACCUGGCCUCGCCGCUGCUCGUCACCAUGGGCGACGAGGCCCACGCCUACAUCUGCUUGUGCGCGCUCAUGACUCGCCUUUACCCCAACUUCCUCUUGGACGGGGAAGCUAUGACGCUAAAAUUUUCACAUUUGACUGAAUCCUUACAGGUUUACGAUCCUGACUUUUAUAAUUACUUAAAAUCUCAACAAGCAGAUGAUUUGUUGUUUUGCUAUCGAUGGUUACUGCUGGAAAUGAAACGCGAAUUCGCGUUCGAGGAUGCUUUGAGAAUGCUUGAAGUUCUGUGGGCGUCUCUCCCUCAAAAAACGCCAGCUGUAGAGCUGUCGUUGAAAGAAAAAGAAUUUGACCCGACGCUGGAAAUAGAUGAUGACCCGCCCCCUUUAAGUCCUUUAGUAAAAGCGCCGCGAGAAAAUGCUUACACAAAGGUUUGCGCGAUUAGACGUCAAAGCUCAAGUUUCAGUUUAGCGAAUGUGAAGGCGCCUAAACUUGCCACUUGCAAACAAAUGAAUCACAGUCUUGACGAAAACGUAACUCGACAAAUUCUGACUAAUCCGUCGCUAAAGCAUGCCAAAGAGUUCCAAAGUUUAGAUGACGGAGUUUUACAAGUACAAAAACCAAGAUUCGACAGGCACGAUAACGGUAUCGAAAAGAACAACUUCACAUCUAAGGAUACCAAGAUGCAUUUAAGAAGGGGCAUGAAAAGCGUCCCCGAGGACGGGAAAUCCCCCGAACAACAAGAGCCUGCAGUUUGGUCAAGCACAGGUAAUUUAAUUAAUGGGAACUCCCAUGUCGAUGCAAAAGUUACUCCAUUGGGAAGUCAGAUUCGAUUACUGCGAGAUAAAAUAUCUGUGCAUAACAACAAAUUCUUUUCUUCUUUGGAUAAACUUGAUGACUCGAUGAAUUUAGAUGCGAAUUAUCGACCAAGAGUAAAAAUGAUUAAAAAUUUAAAUGAAUUUCUUAAUUUUGCUUCAGGAAGUAAAGUAAGCGACUUCAAACAUGAAAAGCUCCAAAGGACACAUUCAGCUAAAGAGAACAGUUCCAAAGGCUGCCCAAGAAUAACUUUGACGAAAAAUUCUUUUGAGGAGCAUGAUGUGGCCCAGAAACUCAAAGACGCCAAAACAAACAAAAUCACCAAAAACUUGUAUGAUGCGAACGAUGGAAGCAGUCCAGACGAUUCACAAGAGUACUAUCCGAUGACUACAUCCAUGACGAGAGAAUUGAGACUUGAAUUAGAACAUUUAGAUCGCCAAGUCUUUGGCCAAUCAUAUGUCAACCGAUGCAGUUUGAUUUGCGACUCCCCUUCUGAAUCGACAAGCACUGAAGAAAAGCAAACCAACUGCACAGAUACAAAACAAGCUUGUCUUACAACUGACACUAUAGAAACUCAAACGUCAACUAUAGAGCUAACAAAAAAAUCCCCAUUAUUUGAAACAAUCAAAUCUAAUGCUAGAAGCGCGGAAGACAUUUAUUUGUGGGAAAAUCCGUUACAUAGAAACACGCCAACUACGAGGACAACAGCGAGUUGUCCGCAAACUCCGGACGAACAGGCCGAUUUAGACUUCGAUGGUGAUACAGGAGAAAUUUUCGAAGAACAUUCUGGGAAAAAAUCAAUCACACCUAUCAGAUUGCUAAGAAAAAACCAAUCUCUGGAACCACAAGAUCUGUCGCGAGACGGUAGGCACUCUGUCACACCUUCCAGUGAAUCUGAUUCAUCAGAAAGGGAUACAGUAGAACCAGCUAAUGAGGCGGACCUAAAAAAUAAUCCGCAAGACCCAAAUAGUUCUUCAAGAUCUCAAAAGUUUUUCUCUAAUAUGUCCCAGGAGUUGGAGAAUGCAAAGAGAAACUGCGAAUCUUUGCUAAAUGUUAAGCCGACUAAUUUACACAGCGUUGCAUCUACUAUAAACAAUUUCCAGAAAAAAUACGAAGUAUUUAAACCGCCAGUUCAGAAAAAUGUCUCUGCCAUUUCAGUCAGCAGUGAAAAUACUGGCAAGUUCAGUAUUAGCAAUCUUCCUCCGCCGACAGCGUUUGGGGGAGGAAAUCCAUUUUUGAUGUUUCUUUGUUUAACAGUAUUGUUGCAACACAGAGAUUACAUUAUGAGGAACCGAAUGGACUACAAUGAACUGGCGAUGCAUUUUGACAAAAUGGUACGAAAACAUAAUGUGAACAGGGUAUUGAACCAAGCGCGGCAAAUGUACGCGAUUUAUCUAAAACAACAAGCUCAUAAGACUGGGGAUGUUACGACAUAAAUGAAUAGUCUAAGGCAAUUUAUCCUAUAAGGUUCUUUAUAAAAUAUUAGCACUGCAAUAUCAUCAGUAGAUAACAUUCAACUUAUUUAUUAUGUUUGAUUACUAUUUAUUCAAAAAUCAAUUAUUAAUAUGUAUUUAUUUAGAAAACAAAGCUAUUGAUUAUGUUUGUUUUUAAUGUUAUCUUAUAAUGAUAUUGUGAAGACACAAUAUUUUUAUUUCCUUGUGUAACAUAAGCUUAGGAGAUCUCAAUAAUAUAUUUGCUCAUAAAAGUAAUUUGUUUCGACAUCGCUAUGCCGAAAGAUAAUUUGACUUACUUAGAACAAAAAAAAUCUAGUAUAUUACGUGUUUUACUUUCUUCAUUGAGAGAAAUGUAUUAAGUGCAAUAAAUAAAAGAGCAAGACAGCUUUGGGCAAACGCACUGCAAGCGGCAAAGUAAACGGCAGCAUUUAUUUAUCUACCCGCAUUAUUUUUUUACUGUGAUUCAUUUUAAAAUGUUUAGUUGCAAUCCAAAGAGACUUAAUUUCUACAAAAUGUGAUAUGUUUUAUUUGUUAGAUAAGUGUUUAGAUUAUUUUUUUAAUAUUAAUCGAAUCUGGGUGACAACCAAACGCAAUGAAAAAUUCAAUAUUUUUUUGUAAUGACCUAUGUGACUAAAUGUUAAAUGAAUUUUUAUAAAACGGCCACAGUCCCAAGUAAGCAGUC